CAAAGUUUGGGGGCGACUUCCUUGUUUACCCCGGCGACCCGGCAAGAUACCAUAGUCAUUAUGUCGUAACCGUCGUGCAAGAGAGUGACACUUUUGACCCAAGGUCUCUAGUAGCUACAGGAAGGCUAGGUAGCAAUGUUAAAAAGACACAAGUCAAAGCUUGCGUAAGCAAUGGGUCGGUGCAACUCUGGUCCGUUCAGUGGGCGGCGAUAUAACAUAUGCUCAGUCAUGUCCGAUCAAGCGCGCGCUCGGUAACAACUACGCGACAGCCAUUGUUUAACCUGGGAUAUCCAAAAAACCAAAACUGGCCAAUCGUUCCCAACAAAGCAAGCGGAAAAAUAAAUCCCCGUGUUGGCUGGGAUCACGUUAUCCUAUUACAGUGCGCAAUCGCAAAUCUUCCAAGCAAUGUCGAUCACCGCCGCAGCUUCGGUUACUCGCUUUCAAAUUUUUUUUUGUCAAAGAGGGAAAUAUUUCGCCCACGCCUUCUUUUCCUUUCUUUUUCUUUGAUCAUUUCUUUUACCCACUUGUAUACCUUUCAUCACUCUGCUAUCCGUUGACAGAAAACAAGAUGGGUAUCUUCAAACGACGACCUCCACCGCCUUUGCCGACUGAAGAGACAGCUCUUCCACAAGAUAAAGCAAAUCCCCUUUCAAAGAUCACCUUCCAAUGGGUCAACUCAAUCAUGACAACUGGGUUCAAGCGUCCUUUAGAA